AUUUUUUACAACUCACAAGUGCAAUUGAUGUGUAACAUGUUCGUUUAUAUUUAUUGUUUAUAGGCCCUAAUUCAAAUUUUCAAACAAAAAAAACAUGACAACCGAAGAAAAGUUCAAUGCUGCCGUGAACGUAAUCCGUAGUUUACCAAAAAAUGGCUCCUAUCAACCCAGCAACGAGCUGAUGCUCAGGUUUUACGCUUAUUUCAAGCAAGCUACGCAGGGGCCUUGCAGCGGGUCCCGCCCUGCUUUCUGGGACGUAGUGGGCCGCGCAAAAUACGAUGCAUGGAAAAAACUCGGCGAGAUGAAGAAAACGGAUGCAAUGGCCAAAUACGUAUCUGAACUGCAUGAAAUUGUAGAGACAAUGAGCUAUUCCGACAAAGUUGCGAAUUUUCUUGAGGCCCCGACAGAUGAACUCAGUUCUCUCAGCAUGAAUGACUUAGAAUUAAUAGCUGGUGACGUCAUGGAGAGGGUUAGGUCGCAACCCAACUCGCCAUUCGCUUCCCGAGAGGCUUCGCCAACUAGAUUGGGGUCUAGUUUAAAUGGAACUCCUUCAAUAUCCCCGAGCAUUCCCAUUGGCGAUGACACAGAUCAUAGUGACGAUGAGUACAUAGAUACGAUAGAAAAUCCAGAACCCAGACGGUAUGUCCCCAAUGGGGUACCAUAUGGAGAUGGCCUCUCCAAUGGUUUCGUUCCACAUAUAUCGAGAACCCGAACAAAAUCUCAAACCAAUUUGGAUAUUUCUCAAGAAGUUUCCAAAGCUGUGCAAAGCUUAAAAGUUGACAUUGACAGAUUAUCAAAUAGGGUCAAUUCUUUAGAAAACAAAAACACUCAAUCUGCCUACCAAAAGAGAAAAGGCAUGUUUGGGAAUAUGUCUCCUCAAUUGAUUUCCUUUAUGAUUGUUUGGCCAUUUUUUGCUACAUUUAUAAUGAAUAGAUAUUUUGUAAAUAGGAAAUAAACCAAUCUGCUUUUUAUUCAACAAUUUUAAUGGUAUAUGUCUUGUCAUGGAUUUUUUUGUUAUUUUAUUGUUAUGUAUAUAUAGAUUUUUUAUAUAUUAUGUAUAUUAUGGUUUGGAAAUAAACAAUUAAAC